AUGCACGCUUCCUCCACUUGUGAAGUUGGGAAUCGAAGAAAAGCCAGCAAAGCAAUCGACCAAGAUCUUGCUUUAUUUUAUGAUUUGCGGAGAACUAAUGGCAUUCCAGGAUCGAUCGAUGGAUGGCGAUCAUGUUCUUCGCGAAAUCCGCCGCUGGUAGCGUACAUGCAUGGAAAUCCGCCGGCAGCGAGUACCGGCGCACUCACGAAUGAAGUUGCACAAUCUGGAGAGCUGCGAUGA